CGCGUAGGUCAUCUCAAGAAUAAUGCUACUUGCUCAGUGUCCAGUUUGUCAGGAAUGCUUUACAAAUGCACUUGAAUGUAAUAUAUCAGCAUUACCAUGUGGUCAUGUGUUCCAUCAAAUAUGCAUUGAUACCUGGUUCAAAACAUCUUCAACAUGUCCACAAUGCAGGAUAGGCAUCAAAAAAACAUUUGUCAUUUCUAAAUUAUACUUUGAUAUGAUUAGUUACAGUUCAGAAGAACAACCCGUCAAUUCUACGACAUUUGAACAAGAAACUUCAGCAUCAGAAGGUUCACAGUUGGAUUCCAAAUCGAUAAAAUCCUUAAGUGUUCAACUACAUCGAUUACGUUCAGAAAAUAUGAGAUUAGACCUAUUAUGUAAAAACUUGUCCCAAAAAUCGGAAGAAAAUUCCAAACUAUUAAGCGCACGCGAUAAAGAGAUAUCAGCACUGUCCACUUUGUACAGUGAAACAGAUAAAUUAUACGAGAAAGAAAGACAACGUUGUCGAGAUUUAAGAACAGAAAUAUCAAGUUUGAAACAGUUUCUUCGAGAAGCCGAAGCUAUGAAAGCUGAGGCUAUUCAGCUUCGAAAAGAAACAGAAGAUAUGCAAAACGUCAAAAAACUAAUAUCCUCUUCAGAAGAUGCUGCACGUGAGCUAUUUUCUCGAUAUACAUCGAAAUUCGAAAAUGUAAACGAAACACAAAUUAAGCAUCAAAAAGAUAGUGAACUAUUAUCUCUUUGUAAAUGGGCUUCUGUUUUGCGAUCAGAAUUAACUGCUACUCGUGAAAAAGUAAGAAGUUAUCGUACAGAAUUGUCUCGAGUACGCAAACUACAGACUUCUGCUUCUCAAAAAAUCACACGUGCUGAAACUAAUGCUGCUGAAUAUAAGGAACGUGUCAAACAAUUGGAAAGUGAAUUAUCGAAUUUAAUUGGAAAAAUUCACUCAGAUAUUAAUAAGACAAAAGGAAAUACUUCUCAAGAGCAUGUAACCUGUGGAACUCCUACAUCAAAGAUUAUUUCGCAACCAUCUACGUCUACCACUCCUGCGCGUUCAAUAUCCAUGAGUGAUAGUUCACUUGUUACUCCACCAUCGACAAAAUUAAUUUCUAAGGAAUUAUCUACACCUGAUUUACUCUUAAUCAGUCCAUUUGAACAAUCAGCUAAUGUCACUCCAAGGACGGACUUUUUAACACCUGCAAAUCCAUUUCGUAUGAAACAAAAUAAACCAAGUACUAGUAAUUCACCUAAACAAACAGUAUCUACUUCACAAGCAUACAAUCCUACCUUAUUAUUAUCUCCUGAGACAGAUAUGAUUAAUAAUAAAAUCCCAUUAAAUAAUAUUAUGGCCAAUCAACGACGACCAUCAAGCUUUUAUCAAAUGUCAAUUAUGCGUCAACAUGCCAAGAUUGCUGACAGCUAUAGAAUACCAAAUUAUCCAAAUACUCUUCAAUUUCAACAACCAUUCGACAGAACUCUAUCGAAACUAUCUAAACCUUGUGUGUUAAGAACGGAAACUAGCCGUUACCAAAAACGCUCUGUUGGAAAUUUAAAACGAUCUAUUUCAGAAAUUUCUAACACUUUAAAACUUGAUAAUUUCGUAAUGAAAUUGUGAUUAAUUUUCCCCACUCAUGUAACCUCAUGUUAUCUCCCAAUAAACUAAUA